AUGGGGAGGCCCCUGGGGGGAUGCUGCCUGGCCAUCGUGUGCGUCCUGCUCUGCAGCCAGCUCGCCGCGGUGCAGGCGCGCGGCAUCAAGCACCGGAUCAAGUGGAACCGCAAGGCGCCGCCCAGCAGCAGCGCCCAGGUCACCCAGGCCCAGCGGGUGCAGGUGCAGCCGCGCCCGGGCGCCUUCGUCAAGCACGGCCGCAAGCUGGACAUCGACUUCGGAGCCGAGGCCAACAGGUACUACGAGGCCAACUACUGGCAGUUCCCGGACGAGAUCCACUACAACGGCUGCUCCGAGGCCAACGUGACCCGGGAGAAGAUCGUCAGCGGCUGCAUCAACGCCACCCAGGCCGCCAACCAGGAGGAGCUGUGGCAGGAGAGGCCGGACAACCGGCUGCACCGGCGCAUCCUGUGGCGGCUGGUCCGGGAGCUCUGCUCCGUCAAGCGCUGCGAUUUCUGGCUGGAAAACGGAGCGGGUCUGUGGGUCACUGUGGACCGGCCCGCCAUGCUCUGCCUGCUGGUUUCCGUCUGGUUCAUUGUGAAAUAA